AUGAAAUUGGAAAGUUUAGGUAUAAAUACGAAGAAAAUUCCAAGCAUAAGAACAAGUUCUGUGGAACUAGAAACCCUUACAAGUAGCUUAGAUUUAGAAUCACAAACCACGAAAUUAGAAACCACAAAUACAAAGACCACAAAUGCAAAAACCACAAAUACAAAUGCCACAAAUAGAAAUGUCACAAAACCAAAAGCCACAAAACUCCUUCGAAUCAGCAUGGCUACAUUUAUAAUCGUAGUGUUGUUAUUCUUCGUCAAUACUUUACUAGCCUCGCCUGUUAAAAGAUUAGACUCCGGUAUUGCUACCACCUGGGAUGAGAUAUCCCUGAACUACAAACAAGUUUUAGAUUUAGUUAAUAGCAUUGAAAACAAGAGGAUCUUUGGUCAAUUGCUUUCGGCUGACCACGAUUUCUACGAUACUGGUGCUAACGUUGUGGGGACAUCUCAACUACACCAACAGAAUCAAUACCAACAUCAACCUUAUGUUUCCAAUGGAUUCAUUGGUAGCAGAAUCCCCAAUUUAGGUCAAGGAUUCACCUAUGAUCAGCCAGUUGAAGGUGGUAAGCCGACUCACCUUCAUCUGGGGUACCCAAUCUUCAAUUUAAGGUACGCGGGAGCGUUCGUAGCAGGGUUUUAUGACUCAGAAGGAGAAAGUUACAUUUCUGCUGUCCCCCAAUGGACAACAUUACAGUUAUCUACCACUAUUGAUGGGAAAAAUUACACUUUGGACCCCAGUUUGAAUUCUUAUGGCGAAAUUUCCCAUUAUAUUCAGACGAUGUCUCUCAAUAAUGGAGUGGUGACCACCGAAUUCGUAUGGUUGAACACAUUAAGGGUAAAAUAUGAAGUGAUAGCUCAUAGAAAGCACGUUAACCUUGGUGUAGUGAAGUUACUGGUGAAUAAUCUCAAUGAUACUGAGGUUUCUGUCAUUGCUAGCGACAUUUUAUCUUUUGCUACAACUCAAAGGUGUGAAUUCCUGGAGGUGGGUCACGAUGAUGACGGUAUAUUUAUUAGUUUCCAUCCCAGAGGAGCUAGAAACAUCCAUGGAACAAUUUACUCAAUUUUGUCCACAAAUGCAAACUCAAAAACCACAAAAACCACAGAUGCCACAAACGUAACUCAAGAAGUAACAUUUAACUUAAACCCAGGCGAUGCUAUGACAUUGGAAAAAAUGGUAGGUAUAGUUACCACCGAUUUUGAUCCAAAAAACUUGGUUUCAGGGUCUGAUGUAAUGGAAUUUGCUAAGAAAACUGCCCUUGAUCACACCCAUGAUGACCAAAUUUUCACUAGUCACAUCGAUGCAUGGGCCAGUACCCUAGAAGUAACACCCACCAUAAGUUUUCCUGAUGAUCCGUUGUUAACCUUAGCUUCUAGAGCAUCGCUUUUCCAUUUAAGUUCCAAUACUAGACCAGAUGCCCAAGGACUCACUGCUGCUCUUGGAGUUGGUGGACUUUCGUCAGACUCUUACGCCGGUAUGGUGUUCUGGGACACCGAUUUAUGGAUGUUGAAUGGGCUCUUACCCUUUGUACCCCAUCAUGCUAAAGCUCUUGUCAACUAUAGACUUCAUCUUCAUGAUCAAGCUAAGGCCAACCUUCCUUCAGGUUAUCACGGGGCAGUCUACCCUUGGACUAGUGGGAGGUUUGGUAAUUGUACGGGAACCGGUCCAUGUAUGAACUAUGAGUACCACAUCAACGUCGCCAUAGCUCUAGCAGCGUGGCAAAUCUUUUUAAGUGGUGGAGGUGAUGAAAGUUAUCUUUCAAAUGUCGCGAUGCCAUUAAUGUCGGAUGCAGCUCAAUUCUUCAGUGACUAUGUUCAGUACAACCAGACCUCGGGUCAGUACACCACGUCAGAUCUUACUGAUCCUGAUGAGUUUGCCAACCAUAUUGACAACGGGGCUUACACCAACGCAGGGAUCGCUAAGCUCAUGGAAAAUGUCGUGGCUGCUGCCACCCAUCUAGGUCAGGAGAUCCCUUCAAUAUUCUCCAAUAUCUCCGACAACAUGAACCUUCCGUCCACUAGAGACAAUAAUGCUUCCAUCCAGGACAUUGUAUUGGAGUAUACCGGCAUGAAUAACUCUGUGGCUGUCAAACAAGCAGAUGUCAUUAUGAUCACUUACCCAUUAGACAAUAAAUUGAUUAGUAACGAGCAAGCUGUCAACAAUAUGAACUACUACGCCAUGAAGCAAGUUAGUUAUGGACCUGCUAUGACAUUCCCGAUCUUUUCCAUCGUGUCGGCUACGCUUGCCGAAUCGGGAUGUGCUUCUCAAUCGUAUCUCCAUAAAGCUGUUCAACCGUUCUUGAGAGCUCCAUUUGCUCAGUUCUCGGAACAGAAUAAUGAUGACUAUGACACCAAUGGUGGGUUUAAUCCAGCGUUCCCAUUCCUCACCGGUCAUGGAGGAUUCCUUCAAUCAGUUCUUCAAGGAUUAGUGGGUCUACGCUAUGAUUUCGAUAUCAUUGAUGGAAGGAUCGAGAGAUUAUUAACCCUUGACCCUAUCACCUUGCCGUUGUUUCCUCAAGGGGUGGAGUUUGGCGGUAUUCAUUACAUGAAUCAAACCAUUAGUUUGAAGAUUGACGAUAAGUUGACAGUUCACCAUCAAGGACCCACCAAUAGCAACCCAGCUUUUGCCACCAACAUCACUAUCCAGCUAGGUUCCCGUAACCCCAAGGCUGGUACCUAUACCUUAACACCAGGCUCCAGGUUGGAAUUUCCGUUAUUUGAGGUGGGUGCGGCUGACAAUUCCAUGGUCCAAUGCGGUAACGCCGCAUUCUUCAACAUCACCGAUGGAGUUAAUGGAGAUAGUACUUUCCUGAUCAAUGACGGUGAUAACUUCACCCACUGGCAGUCUGCUACCAACGGUACUACCAAGGUGCUUGUGGAUUUGAAACUGAUGAAAACCAUCACUGGGGGUGGCAUCAACUGGGGAGAUUCUCCUCCUGAACGGUGGUCCUUAUCACUGUACCAUGGAGAUGCCCAGGAUCCACAGGAAAUUUUGGCUUCGGUGGAUUUCGGUAAUGAUCUAACGUCUAAGCUCUGGUACUACCGUAAGGGAGACGUGGUGGACCAAGAACUGGUAUUUCUGAAAGUGUUGAAAGAGGAAGUGACACCAUCAGCUCCAUGGAUCGAUGCCGUGGUGAUACCGGAAGUAUUUAAUACCACGACGUUCUCGAAGGAGGUCAAGUCGAGGUUCUUGUUGUUGGAGUACGAGGGGGGUGAAGGAGGUAAGUUACACGAGGUAGAGUUCUGGUAG